AGCUAGUGUUAUCUUCUUGAGAGUGCAACGGAAGAGAAAAGAUGGGAAGAGCACCAUGUUGUGAGAAAAUGGGGAUGAAGAGAGGACCAUGGACUCCUGAAGAAGAUCAAAUCUUGGUUAACUAUAUUCAUCUUUAUGGUCAUUCUAAUUGGCGAGCUCUCCCUAAACACGCAGGUUUACUUAGAUGUGGGAAAAGUUGCAGACUUCGUUGGAUCAAUUAUCUUAGACCUGACAUCAAACGUGGCAAUUUCACUCCUCAAGAAGAAGAAACUAUCAUCAAUCUUCAUGAAAGCUUGGGCAACAGAUGGUCUGCGAUUGCUGCAAAGUUGCCGGGACGAACCGACAACGAAAUAAAAAAUGUUUGGCACACUCAUUUGAAGAAAAGACUAAACAAGAAUCAAAACAAUGGCGGAGACACCAAAGAGAACAUUAACGGAAUUAACGAGACCACCACACACGAAGACAAAGAGUCAUCAAUGGUUCAUGUCGUCGACACAACCUCUCCUCAACAGUUUUCUAAUAGCAUUACGACAUUUGAUAUUUCGAAUGAUAUUAACAAGGACGGUAUAAUGUCGUACGAGGAUAUCUCUGCCUUGAUCGAUGAGAGUUUUUGGUCGGACGUCGUAACGGUAGAUAAUUCGAAUCAUAAGAUAGAGGAUUGGGAAGGGACGUUGAUGGAUAGGAAUAUUAAGAGAAAGAGUUAUAAUAAUUCGGAGUUGUAUAAUGAUGACAUGGAGUUUUGGUUUGAGCAUUUCACUAGUAAUCGUAGAAUUGAGGAAUUUUCCGACAUACCCGAGUGUUAGUUCAUUUUAAUUGUGCUUUUGUCGUUGAGACUUCGAACGAGUCUUUUUGUAAUAAUUCAAAAUGAUCAAUAAAUUUUAAAGUCCU